CUACACAUUCUUCAGAUCUGCAAUAUUACAUAAGAAUGUGAUUAAGCCGAGUCCAAAUCUAAUCUAGUGGCCAUGUGUUGAGGGAACAGCAAACGAUAAUGAAUCACAUCAGCAAAGCAAGAAAACCAGCCAUCAAAUUCAAAUAUGCAGAACAUCAAGAAAUUCCAAUUUCCCACCCAUCAAUAUUGUCCUUUUCAUUUCUUGGACAUCAGAUUAUAGUCUCCAAAUCAGACCUCCACUACCUAUCAAUCUUCUACAGUGUCGCAAGCCCUUUCUCUUCACAAACUUCCAAAAGGAUUCUUCACAUGUCUUUGUUUGUAGUGAAUAGAUAAAGCAUUUUUCUGCACCCUGAUUGCAGUUGGUCCUCAUACUAACUACUCACGGGCUCAUUAUAUGCUCGAUUCAAUGCCUAUAGAUAAUGCUUUUGUAGAAGCUUCUUCCAUGGCUCCAUUCAUUUUUCUUUUUGUUGUUGCAAAUUUUUUUGCUAACCCAUUUUCUCUCCUUGCUCAACCUUCAAAUCCCACCUCCAGCAUCAGUGUUGUUGGUGUUGUUUAUUGUGAUACUUGCUCCACUAAUACUUUCUCUAGAUACAGCUACUUCUUGCCAGGUGUGGAUGUUCAUAUACAAUGCAAAUUCAAUGAAAACUCGCCUAAAACAGCAGAGCAGAUAAACUUCUCGGUGAACCGAACAACAGAUAGAUAUGGGACAUACAACCUGGAAGUACCACAAAUUGAAGGUGUUGAUUGUGUAGAUGGUGCAGCAAUUGAAUCUUUGUGCCAGGCAAGUUUAAUAAACAGCUCAUCUUCAGCCUGUGAUGUUCCUGGAUUAAAGACAACAACUAAUGAGAUAUCUGUCAAGUCGAAGCAAGACAAUCACUGUAUUUACAGCUUGGAUGCACUAAGUUACAGGCCAGCCACAAGAAAUGAUACCUUGUGUGGAAAUUACGGACAAAAGUUGCCAAGUUCCUUCAAUUCUUCAAAGUUCUUUCUCCCUCCCUUGCCACCAUAUCCAAGAUUACCCUUGACUACCCUGCCACCACUUCCCUCUUUGCCCUUCCCAUUCCCUCCUCUCCCACCUUUUCCACCAACCCCAUCUCUCUUUCAACCACCUCCUCCACCAGCUUUUAACCUGGGAGAUCCAAGAACUUGGAUACCUCAUAUUCCUUCACUAUCACCUCCUCCACCACCUGCAUUUAAUCUAAGAGACCCCAGAACUUGGAUACCUCACCUCCCUCCACCCCCUCCUAAUAGGCCUCAGAAUCAAAACCCUUAAUAGAUUGCUCCAGUUAUCAUCUCGAAGUGAUUUAUGUUUAAUAUGCCAUAGUUCAUAAUUAUAUGAGCUUUUACAUGUGAUGAAAAACAGAUGAGUAUAGAAAUAUAAAUUUUAUUUCCUUAAGAA